AUAAUGGCUGAUAUCUUCAUAUCCAACAUUCUUCUCUUCCUCAUUUGCCUACUCCCAACCAUCCUCUUCAAGUUAAUCCUCAGAAAUCGUUCUCGUUCCCGUUCUCGCCUUCCUCCGAGCCCUUUAGCCUUACCAAUCAUAGGCCACCUCCAUCUCUUAGCUCCAAUUCCCCACCAAGCUCUUCACAAACUCUCCAAACGAUAUGGACCUUUGAUGCAUUUACGCCUCGGGUCAGUUCCUUGUGUCGUCGCUUCCUCACCAGAAACCGCAAAAGAAUUCCUCAAAACCCACGAAAAUUCUUAUUCAAACCGGCCCCAAUCAGCAGUCGUCGAUUACAUAACAUAUGGAUCGAUGGACUUCUCGUUUGCCCCGUAUGGACCUUACUGGAAGUUCAUGAAAAAAGUUUGUAUGUCUGAGCUCCUGGGGGGCAAGACAUUAGACCUUUUGCUUCCUGUUAGACGGGAUGAAAUUGCACGACUUAUGGAUCUUUUAUCGCGAAAGGCUAACGCUAGUGAGGCGAUUGAUGUUGGUGCUGAGCUAAUUAGGUUGACUAACAACAUCAUAUCGAGAAUUAUGAUGAGCAAAAGAUGUUGUGAAGAUGAUAAUGAGGCAGGAGAUAUAAGUAGAACGAUUAAGGAAGUUGCGGAGAUUACAGGGAAAUUUAAUGUUUCGGAUUUUAUUUGGUUUUGCAAGAACUUGGAUUUGCAGGGAUUUAAGAAGAGGAGUAAAAUUGUGAGAGAUGGAUUUGAUGCCAUGAUUGAGAAGAUCAUUGGGGAACAUGAACAGGAAAGGAUGAAGAACAAGGAAAAUAAUAAAGUUGAAGUGAAGGAUCUGCUUGAUAUAUUGCUGGAUAUAUCUGAAGAUGAAAACGCACAAAUCAAGCUAUCAAGAGAAAACAUCAAGGCUUUCAUCCUGGAUAUAUUUGCGGCGGGAACGGAUACUUCAGCAAUUACGAUAGAAUGGGCUCUAUCGGAACUGAUCAACCAUCCCAAGAUUAUGAAAAUUGCAAUGCAAGAAAUCGAUUCGGUAGUUGGAAACAACAGAUUAGUGGAAGAAUCGGAUAUCGCUAACCUUCCAUACCUACAAGCCAUAGUAAAAGAAACGCUAAGACUUCAUCCAACGGGACCAAUAAUCCUAAGAGAGUCAACGGAAGACUGUGAAAUAGGAGGUUUCGUUAUACCCGCGAAAACUCAACUUUUCGUCAAUGUUUGGGCUAUUGGCAGAGAUCCGAAUCAUUGGGAUGACCCACUCGAAUUUCGACCCGAAAGAUUUCUACAUGAGGAGAAAAAUGGGAUAAUUAACAGCCAGCUAGAUGUUAGAGGCCAACAUUUUCAAUUCUUGCCGUUUGGUAGUGGAAGAAGAGGGUGCCCGGGGACUACAUUGGCUUUACAAGUAGUCCAAGCUGGCCUUGCAGCUAUGAUUCAGUGUUUUGAAUGGAAAAUCAGUGGUGGGGAAAAUGGUAAAGUGGACAUGAAAGAAGGAACUGGAAUUACACUGCCUAGGGCUCAUCCUUUGGUUUGUUUUCCUGUGGCUAGAAACAAUCCACUUCCGCAAUCCAAGUUCAUUUAGGUAUCAGAAUGCGCACGCCUGGAGUCUACUCGCGCCAGUUUGUCAUUACUUUCUCCCCAAAAAUUAAUCUCUAUGUGAAAGUAUAGUUUCAGUGUCUCAUGUAAUCCACAACUAGGGUUUCUUCUUCUUCUUCUUCUUCUUCUUCUCUCUCUCUCUUAUCGUUUCAAUGAGAAAUACCUAAAUUAAAGUGGCAAGUUGGUGAAGUGGCACCUUCGCCCUAGUUUAUUGACAUUGUUUGCGCAUAGAGAUUGAUAUUUCCUCAUUAGAUGUGAUUUUUCUUCAUUCAAAAAUCUCUGCCAUUAGAUCUUUCCUCGUGCUAAUUUGUAACUACAGUAUUUAGUUUAUGAUAAAGUGUUAUAUUUUUA